UACCUCUUCUAUAACACAUCACGUGGUACCCACAUCUUUGCUAUUUUUUGAGGUCCAAGGACUGAUAUGUUGACAUACAUCCUAUAUAAAUGCUCUCAGUCCAGCCCCAAUCUUUGUACUAAAUCUUUUCCCACCAAGUGCUAGCAAAUUUGUUCAGUCUUCUUUUAAGUGCACGUCUUUUUUCCCUCCUUAUUCGAUGGCUACUCUUCAGGUUUCCUUUGUGUUGGUUAUGUUCUUCCUUCUGUUGUUCUCAGGCGCUCAUUCAUCAACGUUCACAAUUGUGAACAAAUGCAGCUAUACAGUUUGGCCAGGGCUGCUGUCAGGUGCUGGAACCCCGCCAAUAUCACCCACGGGUUUCAUUCUUCAACCAGGCGCGUCAACAGCUGUCUCUGUUCCAACAUCUUGGUCAGGUCGCUUCUGGGGUCGCACUUUUUGCACUGAAGACUCUUCGGGCAAAUUCUCUUGCCUCACCGGAGACUGCGGCUCAUCUGCACUAGAAUGCUCUGGCAGUGGAGCCAUCCCUCCUGCAACCCUUGCGGAGUUUACACUGAAUGGUGCUGGGGGAUUGGAUUUCUACGAUGUUAGCCUUGUUGAUGGCUACAAUUUAGCGAUGAUGGUAUCCCCACAGGGCGGAACUGGAGGUAACUGUACAUCCGCUGGAUGUGCUGCGGAUUUGAAUGGCGACUGUCCUCUCGAGCUUAAGGUUGUCGAUGGGACUGAAGGGGUGGCAUGUAAGAGUGCCUGCGCUGCUUUUGGGGACCCCAAAUAUUGCUGCAGUGGAGCUUAUGCUACUCCAAACACAUGCAAGCCCAGUUCUUACUCAGAAUUCUUCAAGACCGCGUGUCCUACAGCUUAUAGCUACGCCUAUGAUGAUGGAACCAGUACCUUCACUUGUGCUGGUGCUGAUUAUGUUAUUACUUUCUGCCCUACCCCUUCCACCAGUGUCAAGUCCUCCAACCCCAUGGCUGUUGACAUAUCAGUCGGCUACCGUCCUGUUUCAUCAGCUCUCAUUGGCUCUGCCAUCACCACCCUGGCGGCAAUCUGGCAGUUGCAGCAUCUCUUUUGACAAAUACCAAGUUGCAACCCAACAACAUUUAGGAGCCAUUUUCCAUCUAUAUGUGGGAUUUUUUAACUCCGUAAUUGGGCCCCAUCAACUUCGGCAAUUUGCAAAACCUGAAUGGAAAUUGUGUGAACAACGAGAGUAGGCCACAAUCGAAUGAUCUUACAUCAUCACCAGCCUGCCUUGUCCUUCUCCAAUUUUCUCCAAUUUGAAGAAGAAACAAAACUAUGAUACAUACAAAAGAUAGAAAACACAUCACACAUCACCAGCUACCUUUUCCCCUUCACUCCCUGACUCUGGAAGGAAAGAGGAUGAUCAAAGAGCUGGCAAGAUGAAGUUUUAAUUAUCAAUUUGAUUUAGGCAUAAAUUUGUAGGACUAGACGAUGAUUAGUUGGCUCUAGCUGCGCAAAUAUUUUGCAACUGUCGUCUGCUAAUGCCAAUGGAGAUGAGCUCAAUUUGUCUCUAUUAGUUUUGGCCCUUUAAUUAUUUUAAUGCUUUGUUUUCUUUUAAGAUAUGGUGUGGGUUCUGCCGUCAGAAAUUAAUUAUUUUACCAAUGAUGUUUAUUAUAA